AUGUUCGAUGACCUCAGGAUCGAUACGCGUAGUACCUACCAGGGUGGACCUAAUCAGUGUUACUUUAUUAACCAUAAAGACGGUCCGGCAGUACGGCGCGAUAAUCAGGGAGAUCUUCCACCCGUCAAGCAGCAGUGGUAUAAAGCCAACGACCAAUACUAUCGUGUCACCAACGCCGAGUUCGUAAUCGGCGUAAACCCAGCAUCAGGUCUCAUUGCAAUGACCAAUCGUCAGAGCCCCGCGACCAGCGCCGAAGCCCUCUGGGGCCUCACCAACCCUCCGCCCAACGAUGAGCUUCCCGCACUGAAAUCGAGCUCUGAUAUCAUGUGGGGACUGUGGAAUUUGGCGAGUCCGAACAACGUGCGCGGCAUCAAGUAUAUCCUUAGUACGCCUGUUAUAAACGACGAGACGGUCGCCAUAAUCAAGAAGAUCUUGGAAAACAACUGCCUCGAUUUGGAUGAGCUGAUGACCUGGUCGGGCUGCGAGUUUGGGUCAGAUGAGCCGGAAUAUCUCGCUUUGCUCGGAUCACCGAAUGGACAAGCCGUUGGGUACUUCCUGGCGCAGCACAAAGCCCAGCUCGGCGGAAAAUAUGUGUCGAAAAUCAAUAUCUUCAAAGGGGAUGAUCCACAUAUGGUAGCCGUCUGUCUCCUUUUUACGAUCGAUGACAGGGCUGGAGCUGCAAGGGCCGCUAUCGGGGAUGAGUCGAACGGCAAGGGUCGCGUCGACAAGGCGGUAGUCGUGAAGCGAGUCGACUAUGAGAAGAAUGUUGUGAGACGGCACAUUGUGUGGGCGAAGUUAUAG